AUGACCUCAGACUCCUCUUUUGGCAGCAGCGGCAGGUUGAUUUCUAUCCCCCCAGAUGGUGGCUGGGGUUGGGUGGUGGUUGUCGGCUCCUUCUUUAUCCAUGUGGUUACUGAUGGCUUUGUCUAUUCACUGGGAAUACUUGUAGAUGUCCUAAUGGAGGUUUGCCAAUUUCAGUUCUCUUCAAUUUUUAUUUUCAUACGUGCAUUACUAAGUAAGUUAUCUUUGAGUAUAAGUUUUGAAGAUGAAGUCUUUUCUAGUGAACCGCGCAAAAAUUGUUGUUUAAUAUUAAAGUUGCUUUAACA